CCGUCGUCCUCCCUCUCUCUCUCUCUCCCCCCGCUCUCCCGCUGCCGACACCGACACCGACACCGUCACCGUCAGACAUUAGUAUUGCCAGGAGCAUCUUUACCUUUAAGUAAUCCAUCUCCCAGCGUCGCCAUCGGUCCGCCGGGCCCAACACCGCCACCAUGAACGACGAAGACAAGGUCCACGACAUUUCCAAGAAGAUCGAGCGCGAAAAGGCUCUGAUCAAUGCUGCGCAGGCCAUGCGCCAGCAGACAAACAAUGAGCAGGUCCGCUCCAAGCUCGACACCCAGAUGCGCGAAGGGAGGAGGAAUCUCGAGUUCUUCGAGGAGAAGCUGCGCGAACUGCAGAUGAGGAGACUCGGCCAUGGCGUCGACAACAUGUCGCUCGGUGCCAGCCCAAUGUCCGGCUCCCACCGACAGUCCGUCGACGACUUCGAGGGCCACGGCGCCCCCUCUCCUCCUACCAAGGAUGGCGGACGCGGCCACAGCUCCCACCAGAGUCAGGGCAGCGGUCCUCUGAUGCCCGCCUCUGGCCCUUACCCCGGUGGUCCUCCUGAUUCUACUGUUCCGCGGGCGCGUCCUAAUUAUACGAGGCUCGAUCUAAUCAAGUUCGAUACCCCACAUCUUGGACCUCGCAUCCAGCUGAUGCUGUCCCAAAUUCAGUUCAAGCUUAACGUGGAAGAACAAUACCUAAAGGGCAUUGAGAAGAUGGUACAGCUCUACCAGAUGGAAGGUGAUAAGAAGAGCAAGCUUGACGCUGCCGCCAAGCGUGUCGAAAGUAAACAAAAGAUUGUCCUCUUGAAGCAGGCACUCAAGAGAUAUGAAGAGUUGCACAUCGACAUCGAUGUUGAUGGUCCAGAUGCAUCAACCUGCCAGCCCUUAGGAAACCCCUGAGCGGUACUCUUUCUAUUCGUAUUUUGGCUGUAAAGGAUGUCGACCAUGCGCCCCUUGGUCGUUUCGCGCGCUCCCCCGAAACAUUCAUCGCUGUUAAGGCCGAAGAUAUAGUUGUUGCACG